AUGAGCUUGAAAGAAGUAUUCGAACAACAUCAAUGGAGGUCAUUUAAGAAGUUCAAUGAAGCUGCAAAGAGUUGGGGAUUUACUAACAGAGCUGAAGUGAAAAGGUUCUUUGACAAAAAUGUUGUACAUCAAACAAAAAUAAACCCUUACGACUACUUUUCACCAAUUUACUCCAACGCUCCUGACGCAUACCAAUUUGACACUCUCAUUCAAAGCAGAAAAGGAGGACAUAAACCAUUCCUCAUCUUCAUUAAUGUUAACACUCGUAAAGCAUAUGCAUAUUCAAUGAAAAAUAAAGGAACUCGUGAAGUGUUAAGAGUUUUACAAAAGUUUGUAGCAGAACAUAGCCCAAGUACUUUAACAUCAGACCAAGACAGUGCAUACCUCAGCAAUGAAAUCACAGAUUUUCUCAUUAAGCAUAACAUAACUCACUACACUACUGAAGACCAUAACCAUAACAUACUCGGCAUCAUAAACCGCUUCAUAAGGACUCUCAGAGAUUUAAAUCAAGAGCGAGACUUUACCGAAGAAACAAUGAAACAUUUUCUCGAAGUAUAUAAUUCCUCAACACAUUCUACAACAGGACAUACACCAAAUUCAAUGUCACAACAAUAA